AUGGAUUACGAGAAGAAGAAUAUAGCGUCUCCUGGCGAGAGCAUGUCCCCUGAUACCGAGAUUGGAACUGUCGUCGACAUUGGCGACGAGGGCACUCGCAAUUUCUACGGCAACUCCAUCUCGGACAGCUACCGCAUGAAGUCGGAGAUUGUGAAUCAAUGUAUGGAGGAGAUUGGUAUGGGAAGAUACCAAUGGGAGCUAUUCGUCGUCAGCGGGUUCGGAUGGAUCACAGACAACUUUUGGUCUCAAGGUAUCGGCUCAAUCCAGCCAUCUGUAGCGCUCGAGUUCGCCGGAGUGACGAAUAUCACCCUCAGCUCGGUUGCCUACUACGCUGGUUUGAUCUUUGGGGCCUUCUUCUGGGGCACAAGCGCAGACCUCAUUGGCAGAAAACCAGCGUUUAAUGCGACUUUGAUCAUCGGAGGUUUAUUCGGCACCGCUGUUGCUGGAUUGAGCAACUUCACUGCCUUUUGCAUCUUCUGGACCGUCAUCGGAACAGCGGCUGGCGGUAAUGUGCCUGUAGACUCCAUGAUCUUCUUGGAGUUUGUGCCUGGCUCGCAUCAGUAUCUUCUUACAGCGCUCAGUAGUUGGUGGAUGUUGGGACAAGUCAUCGUAUCGUUGCUUUCCUGGGCAUUCCUCGCGAACUUUACUUGUCCGACGGACUCGACACCAGCGACUUGCAAAAGAGCCGACAACAUGGGAUGGCGUUAUACCAUGAUCACUCUUGGUGCCAUGACACUAGUCUUCGCUUUCGUCCGUAUCGCCGUAUUCAAGAUGCCAGAAUCGCCUCGGUACCUCAUCUCAAAAGGAAGUGACGCCGAAGCAGUCGAAGCCGUCAACUAUGUGGCACGCCGAAACGGCAAGUCAGAGCCCUUGACUCUUGCCAUGCUUCAGGAAGUAGACAGAGUGACAGGCGGAGAAGUCAAGGCAGGAGCAACCACGAAGCUUUCCAGAAACGCGAUCAUCAAGGAAAACUUGAAAGACUUCAAGUCAAUCAAAUACAAGAAUCUGUUCGCCAAUGCUCAGUUGGCUCGCCAUACCAGUAUUAUUUGGUUAAUCUGGCUUACAAUUGGUAUCGCUUACCCCCUUUAUUUCAACUUCAUACCAACCUACCUCUCCAAAAAGUUCACCGUAGACUCCUCAUUGUCGCUCACAUACCGCAACUACUGCAUCCAGUCCAUCGUCUCAGUAUUCGGACCUCUAAGCGCCGCAGUCCUGGUAAACACGCGCCUCGGUCGACGUUGGAUGCUAGGAGCCUCUGCUAUCGUCUCAGGUAUCUUCCUUUUCGCAUACACGGCUGCAGAGAAUAGAGCAGGAGAUCUCGCGUUCUCCUGUAUCACUGGUCUGUUCGGAAAUUUUGAAUAUGCGAUAAUGUAUGCUUUCACGCCUGAAUCAUUUCCUGCGCCGCACCGCGGUACAGCGACUGGUACUGCGGCUACUUUGCUUCGCAUUGGUGGUCUCUGCGCCAGUUUGAUUGGCACAUACACGGAGUUCAGUGUUGUGCCCAUCUACGUCAGCGCUAGCUUGUGGAUUGUGGUUGGCUUGAUUGCGUUUGCUUUGCCGUUCGAGACUCAUGGUCGUGCUGCUAUCUGA